CCUGGUCUGGACUACUGCUUACUGAGCCGAGCGUGGCUGAGCGAACUUACGGACCCCAUGGCUUUUUAUUAGAUGACGUUCCUCUAGUUGGACAUUUGACAUUGAUGCAUUGGACAUUGAUUGGAUCGGCAUUAAGCUUUCAAACGUUCCUCUCGUCAGCUGAUCCAUGGCCUAGCUGAGCAGGCCCAGCCUAGUCAGCCUUCGUGGUCGGUGAGGAAGUCAAGAUUCUGAUAUCCAUCGUUAAUCCAAGAGCGAGGCCUGGGCUUGACUUUGGACCCUAGGGUGGGUGGAGUCAGAGGCCAAAGGAUCAAAGGAUUCAUAGUCAGUCCGAAAUUGCCGGAUUGUAGUGUCCCAUUCAUACAUAGACGGACCGAAUCCCGUGAGCUCGGACGACCAUGGACGUGUACCACAAAUUGAAGCAAAAGUUGGCCGACAACUUCCCGGAUGAGUCGGACAAUGAAUCGACCCGUGAUCGCUAUGGCAGCGCGGCUCCCACCAGUGUCGAUCCGGCCGUGCUGCAACGCGAGAUCCUCGAACUCAAGGAGCACAUCAACAAGAACUACUUCGUGUACGUGAAGCGUCUCGAGAGACGCAAGGAGCGCAUCAAAGAGCUCGAGGAGUACGCCCAACUCCUCAUCAAGGACAACGAAAUGGCCAAUGAGCAGAUCAAGGACUAUGAAGAAUGUCAGAGGCAACUCCAGGAAUAUCGAGAUAAUUUGGAGCAACUCGAAGGCUUUCAAUCCCAAGAGCUGGCCAAGGUCAAGCAUAUGCUCUUGAGCGCUGAGACUGCUUUGGACAAAGAGACUCAGGAACGCAAGAGACUCGAGGUCCUGGUGAAAGAAGCCUCCGCCACCCCGGCAUCUAUCACCGAUUCUUAUGACUACCAGCAAUUGAUGGUAGACCAUCAGCACCAACUCCAGACUCGGGAUGAACGCGCUCAGUUGGACUUGGCCCGAGAAACCGAUAAAAUACGGACAGAGCUGACCGAAAUGUAUGAGGCCAAGCUGGCCCGAUUGACCGAGCGAGUCCAGCAACAGGAUUUAGGCCAAGACGAACGGCUCUUGGCCAUAUCUCAAGAGCGUGAUGCCUUGGAGCAAUCUCUGGCUGAAGCCGAAACUAAGUGCCAGGUUCAAAUCAAUACUACUGCCCAGUUGGAGGGUCAGGUGACCGAGCUCCGAGCGGCCCUAACCGCUAAAUCUGAUGAAGUGGCUUCCGUGAUAAUUGAAAGAGACCGUGUUAAGAACUCAUUGUUGGAUUUAGAGAUCACCAAUCACGAAAACCAAGCCCAUUUGGGAUCUGAGAGGGAGAAAACCAAACUCGACGUGGCGAGGCUUGUCACCGAAAAAGAAACGCUCGAAGUGGCCUUAGACCGACGUGAUAAAGAGCUCAAGGCCAAGAAGGAGACCUUCCGCGAUGAGUUGGCCAAACUGGAACAAGCCAAAUCGCAAGCUGAUGCCGAGAUCCAUACCAAAACAGUUCGAAUCCAUGCCCUGGAAGCCGAAAAUCAGGUUCUUCAAACCACUCGAAAUCAUAACACGCAAGCCUUGAAUGAGGCCCAAAGCUUAUUGGACACCAAGGAGCAAGCUCUAAAAACCAUGGAAGUUCGAUGUUGCGAGUUGACUAGAGAUUUCGAAGCCAAACAAAACGAAAUGACUCAAGUGAGGCAGAUUUCGGAAUCAAGUACGCAGGAACGGACGGCUUUAAAACUAGAGCUGGAUGUGCUUAGCUCGAAUUAUCACCAAUUAGUGACCGAUUUUGAGGCCGUGUCAGAAGAAAGAGAUUCUCUUAAAAGCUCGUGUGAUCGUUUGAAAGUUGAAAUUGAGAAUCUCAACCAACUGGUAAUUGAUCUCCAGAACGAAAUCAACGAUAGAGACGCGACCUUUGCCGACAAAGUGAAUCAAUCGGAAAGGGUCCUUAACCUUGAAAAAAGUCUUCAGCUUGCUGAGGACGAAAUCAAUGACAAGAAGAACAUCAUCAAAGUUCACCAACAGAAAAUGGCGGAUAUGAAAAAGACGUUCCAAAAGGAAAUGAGAACGGUAGCAGCGGCUCCUUCAGAAAGCUCGUCAUCUUCCUCUCGCCAAUCACCAGUGAGGCGGUCACCUUCACUUGGGUUUAGCGGUGUCAGUCAAGACCAACCUGAAGAUAUGGUUUCAAUGACUGAUGUGAAUUUGAGAUAUUUAAAACACGUCAUCUUCAAGUUCUUUACCUCUCGUGAAUACGAGGCUAAACACUUGACUCGAGCUUUGGCGGCUCUUUUGCAUUUCUCGUCAGAUGAAGAACGGUUGCUUCAAGAGCAUUUAGAGUGGAAAAUGUCUUGGUUUGGGGCAAAACCAAAAUCUGGAUCUGGACAGUUCUCUUUGUCCAUCAAUUCAACCACGUGAAACUCCCGCAAUUUGUCUUGGUCACCACCACUAUCCACCCUUGAUUGCACUGUCAUUAGAUUUCCAUUUUUACUUCGACUACAGACGGCCCCAUGUUUUAUUUCUUUAUUUUUUUCCCAGUUCCUGGAACCACUAUUAGUCUUUAACAAAUACAUUCGAAAUGACUUAUCAAGAA